AGCCGAGCCAAUUUAGUUUUGCAUUAUAGCUUCGGGAAAGAGUUUCCAUCUUGAAUUUUCUGAGAUUGAGAAAAUAUGGUUUAUAUAUUGUACAAAAAAUAGAUAUUGCCAUAAGUUAUCUACGUGAUUUAGCUAGCUUAAAGUAGAGGAAGAGCUUGUUUUGUUAUUUAGCCGAUUAAGAUGGUCAUUACUGUCGAUUUAUACUCACAAAUAGGCUGCCAAACGAGUGCCAUACACAGAUCAAUUUGAACAUAUUGCGUCAAAAGGAAGGCAUAUAGUUACUUAUAAACCUCGUAAAAAGGUGAAACUUAGAAAUAUAUCAAUAAGUAUGAAUAUGUUCAUGGAAAAACCAUUGAUUUGAACAUAUUUUGAUCUAUAAUGAACCAACAAAACAUGAUGCAACAGUUCUUUGAUCAGCAGCAGGGUAAUGUGAAUGGAUUUCCUGGUACUGGCUUUCAAGGAAAUCAACAAAUACCUGGCUCCUAUGGAAAUGGCCCAACUGCUGGUUCAAAUCCUUAUAUGGCAAAUUCAAAUAUAAGACAACAGAAUGGAUUAUCAAGAUAUGGAAUGAAUGAGAAUGAAACAUUCGAUAUGCAAAGCCCAAGUAACAGUCAGACGCCCCCAAAUUUUCAGAACUUUAUGGACCCUCGAUUAAGUGGAUUUGACCCAAGAAAUAGGUCUAAUUUUGAUCCCAAUGGAAUGAUGCCAGGCAUGGAUGCCUUUAAUGGAAAUGGCAGCUUUCCUGGCAAAAUGAGAAUGAAUGAAAUGGCUGCUAUGUUCAAUAAUCCUGCUGCUCUUGCUGCUUUUCAGAGGCAGAGAAUGGCUGGUAUGUUCAAUGCAGGACGUGAAAACGAUUUUAUGUCUCCCACCAACCCGUUUGGAGGAUUUAACCCACAACAAGCAGCACAGUUAAUGCAGCAGCAAAGAAUGGCUGCGUUCCAACGUCAGGUGCAAGAGCAGUUAGCUGCACAACAAGCUGCUGAUGCCAAUCGAUCUAGUUUUCCAGGUGCAACUAACUCACCAUCAAAUGGAUCUACCAGUGAUAACAGUCUCAAUCAACAUAAUAGUUUACCUAACUUUGGUGGAAGUGGUAGCUUUCCGCAACAACACAACAGACAGUCAAGCAUGGCUAGUAGUGAUUCAGCUUCGAAUUCAGACCUGGCUUCUCAUCAGUCAGCUGCAGUUGUUUCAGGUGCACCUGUCACAGCUUCAACUAAUUCAACUAACCAAGCAAAUGAGACAACACAAAAGUUACCAGCAGAUAAUACCAUGCCCCGACCUCCCAUUGAUCAAUCAGGUGGUAGUGAUGCCCAGAGGAAUGCAGCCAUAUUAGCAGCUGCUGCUGUUAGGGCUGCUGCUGCUGCAUCAACUCGAGGAAGGGGAGGAUUUCCCACUCCUAACGCAGGUGGUAUUAGCAACUACCCAUUUGGUCCACGCUUUACUGGAAGUACUGAACAGAUGCCAUCACCAUUCCAGCAAUCACAAUUAAAUCAACCACCUGACUUCAGUGUCCUCUCACCCAAUAAAGAUGUGCAAAUGAACAUUCUUAAUGCAUCAUCUCCAAUGAGUCAGGGACGUGCCACACCAAGAAAUGGCAAUCCACCUCCUUACUCUCCCAUGGCUAAUAGUACUGACAGCAAUCACAGUGCAUCUGGCUCUGUCAAGGGAUCUAUUUCAAACAUUUCUGUCAAAUCAUCUGAAGGAUCUCAACAAAAUCUUUUAUCACAGCAGUCAAAUGAAGAAAAUGCUAAGGUGAAUCCCAGUCUGCAAUCAAAGAAAGAUCAUGAAGCUAACCAUUCUGGCUGUUCACUCUUGGUUGCUGGCAGUGCAACAAAACUGUCUGCUCCACCAACACCUUUAUCAAUGCCAGUUGCAUCUCCCUCUCCAUCACCAUUUCAAGAUGAUUCUGAAUUGUCGAGUUUAAGUCCGUCAUGGCCACAGACACCUCUUUCUCCGAAUGCCCAGAAAAUUUUAAAAGCCCGUGCUUCACCGAAACAAUAUGAGCAGUUAUCAAAAGUGUAUGAUUUAAUUGAUGAUGGGGAGAAGAAACAAUUUCUGGAAAGAUAUUUAGCAUUUAUGAGUGUCCAUGGAACACCAGUAACCAAGUUGCCAGUUAUUGGAAAGCGUCCAUUGGAUUUGUACACACUGUUUCGUGCAGUAUGCGAAAGAGGAGGAAUUCAACAAGUAAUGGAAAAGCGACUUUUUAGAGAAGUUCUUACUGCUCUCAAUUUACCAAGUGGCAACAGUGCACUAGCUUACCUUGUGAAAUCACAAUACAUGAAAUAUUUGCACGCAUACGAAGUAAAGGAAAAGGAAUCUUUUGUAGCGAAAUGGAAUAGCCGUAAAGCAUCAGGUAUAAAACAGGAACUCAAUGUUCCCACAAUCGCAUUAAAUGAUUCGUUGAAUCCUUCUAACGGCCAAAACAAACUUGCAGUACCAGGUCAAAACCAAGUUAACAAUACUUUUCAAAUGAACUCCAGCGCGUCUACUCCAAACUGGCCGCCCAAUGCUUUUUCUAGUAAUUCAAUGGCUAAUUCUUCUAUAGCAAGUUCAGUAGUUGGAGACAGUAAUCAGUUUGGCCCAAGAAUGACUUUUUCUAACCCGGGAGUAGUUAAUCCAGGUGGAUUGCCUACAUAUGGGCAACCAGGAAUGCCACCUCCAGGAUAUGGUGGGAACCAGGAAAUGCCUCCCAGCUAUCCAAACUUUGCUGGUUAUCAAAACCAAAUGUUUCCACGAGGUCCAAUGCAAAACUACAAUAUGCGACCUAGUAUGUCAAAUGAUGGAAUGUCCCAAGGUUGGGCAAGAGGAUUUUCACCGCGGCAGGGUCCACCAGAAUUAUUUCCUGAAGGUUUACAACGCAUGCCGUGGACGCAACAACCAAAUCAGCGACACCCUAUGUCUGCAUUUGGCACUCCGACAUACCCCAAUGCUAAACCGCGAGGUCAAAUGCCACCAAUAUCACGCGAUUCUUUGCAACAAAUAAAGUACAACGCCCAACAGGAGCACCUGAGGAUGCAGUUACAACAACACCAAGAACAGCAACAACAACAGCGAAAACAACGUUUAAACAUGCAACAGGAGGUAGGCAAGUUGCAUGGCAAGGGACAGAAAAUCAACACCCCUGAAACAAAAUCACAUUCUGCUAGUUCGCUGAAACGAGAGUUAGCAUUCCCAGCUGAUUGUGUUGAAGGUGUAAAACCAGCGUUGUCGAAGCGGAAGAAACUCACCUCGAAAGAUUUAGGCCCAAUUGAAGCUUGGCGGAUCAUGAUGUCUUUAAAGUCUGGUUUAGUUGCUGAGUGCACGUGGGCGAUUGAUACGUUAAAUAUCCUUCUCGCCGACGACACUACUAUCACAUACUUUCACCUCAACAAAUUACCAGGAUUACUCGAUACGCUAAUGGAUCAUUACAGACGUUCCCUAGCUAACUUGUUCAACAUGUUUAAAGAACUAGAAAUCCCGCUAUUACCAGCUUCCGAUAAAACUAGUUCCGAAAACAGUACUAAAUCGAUAGACGAUGAGAUUGCUGAUUUAUGGGUGGGUGUGUGUAAAAACUCGAAGGGUAGUUACAGUUCAAAUAUCGCUUCUGCUGUUGUAGUAGCUGGAAUGAAGGAGGUUUUAAACACGGGAAAAGAGUUCUGGGACAGUGGUGGCGGUGAUAAUACCAGCCACAUACGGACAUCGUUUCCCACGAAAGACGUGAAAUUAAAAACGUUCCCUAAAGGCUUGACUUACGUUACGAAGUCUGAGGAGGAAAAACAGCGGAAAAUCGACGCGUUAAAAUUGCACAUGGAUGCUGAAGAGACGACAAAUAUUAAACGUGAUUCUGAUAAGAUCAAGACGGACAGUUCUAAGGGUGACAACGAAACAAUAUUAAAAGCCGACAUAAAGGAUAAAAAUACAGUGUGCAUGAGUGUUUUACAAGAUCUUAUGAAGAAUCACAGUGAAGAUAAAAAAGAGGAUCAUGACGAAGAUCCGUUAGUGCGCAAGUUGUUAAAGGAUUUAGAGUUCGACAUUCCCUGCGACAAGAAGUAUUUAGAAGAUUCUAAGGAAUUCAUCGAGUAUUUAAAUCGACGGCUGAACCGUGAAAACCGCGGAAAUGUUCAAAGCGAACAGUGCAUCGUGAAACAGAACACUCCGUUUGUUGGAUCGUUAGAGAGCGACGUGUCCCUUCUUAACAGAUGUGUUGCGUUGUCGAAUAUUUUUCGUAGUUUGUCGUUUAUUCAAGAUAAUGAUGUCGAGCUUGCGGGUCACACGGGUUUGCUGCUUGUCUGUGGUCAGAUUCUCUUACGUAAACAUCAACAUGCUAUCACGGAUCAUUCUCAGUUUAAGCUUGGACUAGAUGAACGCGUUGUUGUAAACAAUGCAAUUUCAGACGACCAAACGGCGUCUUGGUGGGAUUCAGUUCACGCUAUAAGGGAGAAUACGUUAGUUAUGCUCGGAAACAUUGGCGGUCAUUUACAUCUUGCACGUAUCAAAGAAAACGUGUACCGACCGCUUAUUCACGGUUUAAUUCAUUGGCUUGUGUGUCGCUCCUCUGAGGCUUUGGACCCGAUGCCGACUGCGCCAGGUUCUCAUGCGUUAUCCGCUAAAAGGCUCGCAAUGGAAACCCUAGCUAAGUUAACUAUAAACGCUGCGAAUGUGGAACAUGUUAUAUCGUGUCCUGUGGAGUCACAACUGGGUGAUGUGGCAGACAUUCUUAUUAAACAAAUCGCCAGAAAGCAUCCCAUUCCUACACGUGAAUUCGCAAUCAUAUUAUUAGAUAAUUUGGCUCAUUCCGAACAAUUUGCUAAAACUUUGGCAGAACGCAAAGCCGGUAUCAAUAACCUAGUGAAAUUCGUUUACGAAGCUGAGAAGAACACGUCGAAUUACCUCUCGUCGGGAGGGCGUGUCCAACCCGGCCUUAAUGCUGAAGAUAUCUGUGGUACUACAAUCAGCUUGCUGCGCCGUUCUGUAAAUAUUCUUUUAUCCAUGGCUAAAGUGCCGUGCAACCGACCAGCAAUAACUCCUUACACGAACGAUAUAUUAGCUCUUACUACUUCCCAGAUGAUAGACACAAGCGUACUGGCCUUAUUGGCUAAAGUUCUUUUCGAACUGAGCGAAUGAUAGUAUAUGUUUGUUUUUUUGUACUUAUUCCUCUUAUUCAUAAUAAAAUUCUACAACCAUGUAAAUUUUUUGAUAGAUUCAUCUCUCCGUUUUUAUUUUUUCCUUUUUAUUGUAUUUUGGAGACAUUUUCUUUUGAUAAAAAAAGUAAUCUCACAAGAUAUUUCUUGAAGAUAGCUCUGUUAUUUUAAUAAAUCUCGCCUUAUUAUCUUUUUUCAAUGUUUCAUCGUGUGUAUGCCGUUUUAUCUUCGUUCGCAGGCUUUGUUUAAAGGUUCACUGUGAGUAGGAAAUGAGAUUUUUGUAAGUUUUAUAUGUGAAUUGUUUCAUCGAUUUAAAAGCUGGUAUUGUACGUAGUAACUGGAACUGUCUAUUUUCAAAAUUAUGACGCAAGAGUAUAUAUAAAAAUAUAAGCGGCUCUGGUCUUUUUUAUCAA